CUUGGGUCUUCUCUCUUCUCAAGUCUUAUUAAGUCUAAUCCAAAGGUGCUGCCAACUCCGAUCCACUCCAAGGAAAGAAAGCAGGUGUUUAAAUGGACAUGAUUUCAUCAGCAAAAUGGGUAUCUGAUUUGGAGAUGGAGGAUCCUACUUUUAUCCAUCAAUAUGAAAUGAACUCUCUGGACUACUCACUUGAUGAUCUCAAUUUCCAGUCUUUUUCUUCUGAGAGCUACUCGUCUUACCCGAAUUUCACCCCUAAAGCCACACACAACUUCAGCAACGCAUCCAUCGAAACUCCUCAACAGGCCGGCACUCACGAAAGGCCAGCAAAACAGCCUAAGAACCACACUACUUGGAACCCUUGCACCACUGACCACACAAUUAUGGCCAAGGCUGCUUCUUCUUCCUCCUCACAUCUGAUUUCUUUUGAUAACUCCAACUCAUCACCCCCAACCAGUUCUCAGCAGUUCUAUGGUACUCUAGACAACACAAUGAAGCCAAAGAAUGAGGUGGAAUAUUCCAAUGGGAAAUUGAACCUUACAACUUUGAUUUCCCAAGGUUCCUAUGACCCCCAAACUUGUUCACCGAAACAUGGACAAGGGAUCAAGAGGGCAGCUACAGUCACUAGGAGUCCUUUACAUGCUCAAGAUCAUGUUCUCGCUGAGAGAAAACGCAGAGAAAAACUCAGCCAGCGGUUCAUAGCUCUGUCUGCCUUAGUUCCAGGCUUAAAGAAGAUGGACAAAGCUUCAGUCCUUGGAGAUGCGAUCAAGUACGUGAAGCAUCUUCAAGAACGUACGAAGAUGCUGGAGGAACAAGCGGUUAAGAAAACCGUUGAAGCAGUGGUGUUUGUGAAGAGGACUCAGUACUCUGCCGAUGAUGAUAUCUCUUCAUCGGAUGAGAACUUUGAGAGCUCCUCCGACCAUCCACUCCCCGAAAUUGAAGCAAGGGUUUCAGACAAGGAGGUUCUCAUACGAGUCCAUUGUGAGAAAACCAAAGGAUGUUUGGCAAAAAUACUAAGCGAAAUAGAGACCCUUGAUCUCACCAUUGUUAACAGCAGUGUCUUGCCCUUUGGCAAUUCAACUCUUGAUAUCACUGUAAUUGCUCAGAUGGACGCUGAAUUCAGCAUGACAGUGAAGGAUCUUGUGAAAAACCUGAGACAGUCAUUGCUCAAGUUUGUGUGACCAGCAAAUCGGAAGUUUUGAAGUUCGCUUUGUGCUUUAGAUUUCGAUCUCUAAGCUGGAAGAUAUAUAUAUAUAUAUAGGAAUAAAUUAAUUUUAUUGACAGUUUUCUUAUGCUUGUCUUUUUCUUUUUCUGGCUUUCAUGACCUUUUGAAGGAAGCAAAGCCUCUCUGUGAAGCAUGAAAUAUUAGCCAUUGCCAUGGCUUUGUUUUUGUUGCGAGCGCGGUUUUAUUUUGCAGGAGGGUUUUUUUUUUGUGAUUUUUGCGUGGUUGACCCGUUGACCACGUUCAGUUUACCC